UCCCGAGGCAUGGCGUUUGAGCUCGGUGAUGCCAAGCUCGUUGAGGAUAAGGCCCUCGUUGUUGAGCACCCAAUCCUCGCCACCAUAGUGAGACACAUCGUCGCCUUGGAAGGGGAGGCCGGCGAUGCGCCCAAGCUGCUCCACGGUGAGCUCGAUCGGCGUGCUCUUGACGAGCGAGUAGAGCACGUCGUCCUCACGCCGGAGGUUGGAGUAGAAGGCCCGGAUCAGUGCCGGGUUGAUCUCCUUGCGCGCCCGGGAGACGAACGGCCAAAGGCCGGCUUGAUGAAGCUGCGCGUCGAGGUCAUCGUAGCCCUCCAAUUCCGGGUAGCGCUCCGGGAUGAUUCGUGGGGGAGACACAACCCAUUUGGAGAAAAAGGUGAGAAAUCGGGUGCGCUCCUCCUCGGAAUCGAACCAGAGGUACGACCCAUCGCCGUAGUAGAGGCAUUCUUCGGAGGUCGUGGAUGGAGCCCGGGAUUUGGACUUGGAUUUUCCGGAAGUGCCUGCCCUGUUCUUGUCUUUGCCCAUAGUGAAGAAAUCUCAAAAAAAAGAGUUUAGAUGAUGAAAUAUGUGAAGAUAUUGAAGGAAUUUGUGUUUGUGUGUGUAAAAGUGAAGAGAGGGGGUCCCAAUUUAUAAAAAAGGUGGUCACCAACG